AUGGCCACCUCCUCAAAGCCACUCAAGCGCAAAGCCGCCUCCGGGAAGUCCUGCAUCAUCUGCUACGAGACAGGCACGAGCUUUCCAGCAACCUCAGCCAACUGCAACUUCGCCCACCGCAACGACGUCUGCGCUCUCUGCUGGCGUCGCUACGUCAAGAUUGAAGUUCUUGACCACGCGCAGGAGCAGGUGCGAUGCACCCAGUGGGAUAUUUGCGGGGCGCACAUCACCCAUGGAGAUCUGAAGAGGAUUGCUAGUAAGCCGGAUAUGGAGCACUACGAUUGGCUCAUCCGCUGUGCCCACGCAGCAGAAACAGGCGAACGCGAAUGUCUUGCCGACAUUGUCGACGCCGGCGGGAACCUCGUUACGUGCCAUCACUUCCAAGUCCACGACGAGGCAACAUCAGGUCGAGUCUACGUGUGUGGAGCUUGCGGGAAUCAGCAAUGCAUUAGUUGCAGCGUCGCGGAGCACAGUGGCGAGAGCUGCGAGGCCUUCCGACACCGCCUAGGAAAGCAGCAUGGUGCCGAAGAAGACGAGACGCUACGAGCAUUUGAGCAAGGCUACCUCGGCGUAGAGAAGGUCGGGAUGUACGGCAAGGAAGUGAUGAAGAAGAAGAACCCGAAGCCAUGUCCGAGGUGUGGGCAGAUGAUUGAGAGGGAGGGUGUACGCUGCGCCAACCAGUUCUGCUCUACCUGCAAUGCUGCUUUCUUCGGCAGAGGCAGUGUGCCGGAGGUUGGUAAUGCGGCGCAUGCGGAGUACUGUGCGUAUGCUAAGCGCGAGGUGGAAGAUCGGCGGUUCAAGAGGAAGGUUAGGAAGGUGAAGGGUGAAGCUGUGGAUGCGGUAAAGGCGGAGAAUGACGCGAUGAAAAUGGAGGCCAAGGAUUACAAGCUGGAAUCACCUGUGAAGGACGAGGAGGUGGAGCCAAAAGUCAAGCAGGAGGAUCCUGUGCCAAAGGUGGAAGAGUCUUGCAUCAAGGAGGAGUGUUCUCACGAGGGAUGA